AUGUUAGAGGGAGAGCCUGAAGGGGAAGACCCUGAUGAAGAUGAUGAAGUAAUAGCUGAUUUGGAUGCAGAAGGCGAAGAAUCUGACGAAGACCCUGAUGAUGGCCCUGAUGCUGAAGAACCUGACGAGGUACUAGUAGAGGGAGAGCCUGAAGGGGAAGACCCUGAUGAUGGCCCUGGUGAUGGCCCUGAUGUUGAAGAACCUGACGAGGCACUAGUAGAGGGAGAGCCCGAAAGGGAAGACCCUGGUGACGGCCCUGGUGAUGGCCCUGAUGUUGAAGAACCUGACGAGGCACUAGUAGAGGGAGAGCCUGAAGGGGAAGACCCUGAUGAAGAUGAUGAAGUAAUAGCUGAUGUGGAUGCAGAAGGCAAAGAAUCUGAUGAUGACCCUGAUGCUGAAGAACCUGACGAGGUACUAGUAGAGGGAGAGCCUGAAGGGGAAGACCCUGAUGAAGAUAAUGAAGCACUAGCUGAUGUGGAUGCAGAAGGCGAAGAAUCUGAUGAUGACCCUGAUGCUAAAGAACCUGACAAGGCACUAGUAGAGGGAGAGCUCGAAAGGGAAGACCCUGGUGAUGGCCCUGGUGAUGGCCCUGAUGUUGAAGAACCUGACGAGGCACUAGUAGAGGGAGAGCCCGAAAGGAAAGACCCUGAUGAAGAUGAUGAAGCGCUGGCUGAUGAAGACCCUGGUGAUAGCCCUGAUGAAGGGCCUGACGAGGCACUAGCAGAGGAUGGCUCUGAUGUUGAAGCGUCCGAUGAAGCACUAGAAGAGGCUUCUAUGGAUGAAGAAUCUGAUGAAGAGCCGGUUGCAGACCCCGAUGUUGAGCCUGAGGCACUAGAAGAGGGGAAUCCUGAUGUUGAAGACCCUGUUGAAGCUUCUGAUAAGACACUGGAGGAUGGCGACCCCAGGGACAAUGAGUCUGUUGAAGCUCCUGAUGUUGAUCCUGAUGACGCAAUAGAAGAUGUAGAGCCCGAAGACGGUAAAUCCGAAGAAGUAGACGAAGGGGAAGAGGUUGGAGAUGAAUUACUCGAAGAAGAAGACUCUGAAGAAGCAGAAGAAGUAGAGGAAGAUGAGGUACUCGAAUCUGAUGAAUCCAAAGGAGUAAGCACAUCUGCACUAUCAAUUUCUGCUAACGUCGUAUGGUCGAUCCAUGAUGUAUCCAAGGUAGCAAAACUUGGAUAUGCGUUUCCAAAAACUUGA